AUGGCUCGAAAUCGAAUUCGAUACCGUCGAAGUGAUCAAAUCACUUGGAGGGAGAAAUGGACCGUUUUUAAACACAAUCGACGGAAACCGGGUUAGUUCCUUGAUAUUUUAAACUGAUUAUGGAAUGAGGAAAAGCGGAAAAUGAAGUUAUUGAAAAAAAAAAGAAAUGCGCCCAACUUGCAUCAAGACUCCGCCCCCUUUUCUGUGCCGCAAAAGAUUGUUAAUGAAAGAUGGCUUUUUUUAUAGAACACUUUUGAAAAAUCGAGUAACCAUAAGAAAAUAGUUUAAAAAAAAAAUUUUCAGGCUGGGUCGAAUUAGUCCUCUACGGGCUUUUUCUCAACAUUUUUGGAGCCGCCCUCCUUUUUAUGAAAGCCCAAAUGGACAAAGAUGUCAUUGAAGCGGCGAUUGAGAAGAGAUUCCUUGAAGCAGGUGAAUUUUUGGCAAGUUUUUAUCAUUGGAGCGCAUUAGGCUGUAUGGCUCUUUUCACAUUACAAAAAUCAGAAAAUUUUUAUCAAAAUUCCAGGAAAGAAUUUUAUUUUGCUCUUUUAUUCUCAUUCACUACUUGAAUUUUUUAAAUUUUAUCAAUUUCUGACCUGGUAAUUUUGAAAAAAAUCCAUACUUUCCAGGCAUCGAUAUGAACCGAACUGAAGGAGCAUCCUACGAGCCAUUCAUCGAGCCGAGUUCCGCCAUAAUGGUCCUCAUAACUAUGCUAGGAAGAAUGGCAAACGUUGUUGGGACUAUGAAAAUGUAUAAGGUAUUCAAAUACCUCUCAAAAAUCAUCACCAACGGAUUUAGGGCCUCGGAAAGUUCCUCUCAGACAGAAAAAGGAAAAAAUUCCGAACAACGACUGAAAGAAUUCAAAACGGCGAAGCUGAGGCCGAAUGCACUGAAUUGUUCGCCGAUUGUUGUCAAUUUUAA